AUGUCAAAGGAAAGGUCUUUGAUCCUAAUCUUACAGGCUGUAAUAGUCAGUAGCAGAGAGGUGGGUCGUUACAUCGUCUCCAGUUCCCUCAUAUUCUUCAUUGUUUUUGUCUUCAAUGCCAUCACCGACGCCAUGGGUGGCCCCAGCUUUAACCCCACCGGCAACGUCGCGCUCUACGCGGCGAGAUUCGGAGAUGACACCCUCAUCUCCAUGGCCAUCUGCUUCCUUGCCCAAGCAGUCGGGGUGAUCGGUGGGCUCUUGGCCCUCUAUGAGGUAAUGUCAUCGGAGUACAAGAACUUGCUAGUCGAGCCUUAUUUGAAGGUGGAUUUGCAUACGGGGGCCAUCGCCGAGGGUGUUCUCACAUUCGUCAUCACUGUGGUCGUGCUUUGUAUCAUUUUCAAGGGGCCUUGGAGCGCAUUAGUGAAGACAUUGAUGAUCACCAUCUGCACCCUUGGGGUCAUUAUUGUCGGAAAUGAUUACACUGGGUCGUCCAUGUAUCCUGCAAAUGUUUCUCCCAUCCAUAUUGAAUCAGGUAAUGCUGAUGCACCAAAGGUAUUGGUUUCCUUCAGAGUGUUCACCUAUUCUGUGAAUGCUGGAUAUGAUCAUGCUUUCAAAGAGUGGAAUGGUUACUCCACAUACAUGAAUGAAGAUGGCAUGCAGGUGUGA